AUGUGUAGUAACGCCGUGAGAGCAGCGGUUGAGGGGUCAGGUGUAGUGAUCUGCGAGAGAGACGUGUCCAUGGAUAGAGGAUUUAGAGAAGAGCUCGCAACUCUGAUGGCCAAGAGGAUCAGUAAUAGUAACGAUAAGCCUUCUUCUUCAUUGCCUCCUAGGUUGUUUGUGAAAGGAAUGUACAUUGGUGGAGCAGAGGAAGUGUUGAGAUCUGUCGAGGAAGGUGUUUUUGCGGAGAUGAUACGUGGGAUGCUAAGUAAGAAAGGGGGAGGAUGUGGCGGAGAUGGAGAUGGUGCUUGUGAUGGAUGCGGUGGUUUGUUUUUCUUGCCGUGUUUCUGGUGUAAGGGAAGCUGUAAAGUUGUGAAAGGAUGGGGUAGCUCUGCCGUUGUUGUUCUUGAGAUAAGCGCUUCCAUGGAACUGAAAGAGAAAUCAAGUACAGAGUUAGACAGUCAAGAUGAUGAAGUUUCAGACAUCUCCUUCGAAGUGCGACUGGAAUAG